AUGGAGUCCAUACUUCGCCUGUGCACGAAAUUGCAAUCCCUGCGGAGGGAUUUGAAAGACAACUACGUGCCAACUUCCACGCAAGAGUCUAUGAAGAUUUUGCAGGACCAUGUUGCGAAGUUGGAGGCCCAAUAUGACAUCCUCAACGAGGAGCUGGCCCGUGGUGAAAACGCAGGUUUCAGUGCCGAGUCGGUUCUGGGAAAGGCCUUCGUCGCUUUGUCGAAGAAAUUGGCCAUGGUUCCGUGUCGCGUUGCUAUUCGGUCUGCUGAUGCGGUGAUUCAAGAAGUUCCGGAAGCGAAGAAAACUAGCUUGGGGAAUUUGGCCAGGAUACCAGAAAAGAAUUCUGAGCGUGAUGUUCACAGGUUAAGCUCCAAGUUCGACCUUGCAAUCCCAAUCCCAUUGUCUCAGUUUACAGUUGGAAGGGAAACCUUUCACUAUUUGAAGAUGUCGGACUGGGUACGUUUUCUUCUAGAGAGGAACCUAUGGCACCACCUUGCUGGCCUAGAGGAACCAAAUGCUGAAAAGUGUCGCGAGUCAUGGCUAGGCUUUUGGCAGCGUUUCAGAAAGAUUAGACCCAAACAUGAAGUCUUUGAGUUUCCAGAAAAGGAUCUCAGUAGAUGUUGUGGGCUUCUUCUUCAUGGGGAUGAAGGGCGAUCUGCCCGGAAAUCAGCAAUUCUGGUGCUUGCAGCCCACAGCAUUCUUGGCUACGGUAUUCGUUCCAGCAGUCACCAAUGCAAAAGUGAACUACACAAGUUGAACUACAAAAUGAACACAUGGGUCACACGUUACCUUUUGGGGGUGCUGCCAAAAGGAAAGUAUUCAAGCGUUGAAGGCGAUGAAUGUGAGACAGAGGUUGGGACUUCAAAUGUCUACGAUGCCUUGCUCAAGGCAGUUGCUGACGACUUGAGGUCCUUGUUUGAUACUGGUGUGAUCAGUCCCUUAGACGGCCAUCGUUACUACUUUUGCAUCAUCAACGUGAUGGGAGACUGGCCAUUCCUACAAAAGUGUGGAAAUCUCCAACGAUCGUUUUUCAAUGCUGCAAAGCAUGCCAACAGUACUGCUGCUGCAAAGGGAAUUUGUCACCGCUGCUUAGCCGACAAAUAUGACAUACCUUGGGAAGAUUUGGAGUCUGACACACCUCAGUGGGUUGGUACAAUGAACACAGAACUACCCUUCAGUAGGCCUCCAGUUCUCCUUUGUGUACCUCACAUUCGAGAAGACCCUGCAGAACUAUUUGCUUGGGAUCUCUUUCACACAUGGCACCUUGGGGUUGGCAAACCAUUUUUGGGAACUGCUGUGGUUGCUCUGGCGAUGAGUAGUGCCUUCACAGGUUCAAUCCCCGAUCGUCUUGAGGCUGUGAGUGAUUGUUUUCAGGCUUGGUGUGCUGAGCAUCGCUUUACACCACAUUUGCGCAAGUUGUCCAAGGAAAAUCUUAGUUGGCUGACCACCACUACUUACCCAUCUGGCACCUGGUCCAAAGGUCAUACGACUAGGGUUUUGAACAAAUGGUUUAUUUCAGAAUGUCGGGCUCAUCCAGAAGCAGUGGCUGAGGACAGAAUCCUGAAGAUCGCUUACACUUGUGCUGUCAACAUUGAAAACUUCUUGAAAGGCUUGUAUGGUCAUGAACUGUGGAUUCACCAAUCCAAAGCUCGGGUGAUUGCUUCUUACGGGGAGUUAUUUCUCAAGUGGUACGGACGUGGUGUGGCUUUGGCUUACCGCAACCACCAAAGGCUGUUUUUGCUCCAACCCAAUCUGCACAGGUUUCACCACAUAGUUUAUGAUUUCAAAAUUCAAUCACAAAACUGUGAAUGGAUAAUUAAUCCCUUAGCGUUCUCUACGCAGCCAGAAGAGGAUUACAUAGGGAGGCCCAGCCGGGUCUCCCGCAGGGUCAGUGCCCGUAUGGUUAUUCAACGGACACUCCAGCGUUCUUUGAUUGCUGCCCAUGCAUCCUACCGAAAUGCUGGUUUCUUUGUUGGGGAAAAUUGA